CCGCCUGCUGCACUUGUACUCCGUACCACACAGCACACCGGACCGUCAGCAUUUCGACAUCAGUCGGUUGGUCAAUCAUCCUUUCCUCUCAAUCCAUCGCCUGCGGCACCAUACUCAGCCAUCCGCCCGCAUACCUACGAGCCGUUGAUGCUGUGCUCCUUGCAGGACACAUCGAUGCCCUAAUCCCCCCAGAGCAAGUCCUAAGACUUCCGAGCGAUCCCUGCGUUUAUUACCUACGGACGUCAGCCAAUUUGUCACGAUUUCUCCGCCGCCGCAUUUUGGCCACCCCAACAUCUCAACGACCCUCCGACCCUUCGACCCUCUGGCCCACCGGCCAUCGACGGCACUCGUCCGCCUGUACAUCCUUCUGGGACUGUCGCUGCGCAUCCUAGACGACGCCUUCGAAAUCCGAACAAGACGAUCCGCACAAAGACUAUUGCCGGGACUUCACAUGAACCUCCCGUAGCCACAUCGCUCCCGAGGGGCACUGCCCCAACCAAGCUUACCAUCGCACAACAUGGAUCAACACCACACAUUCGAGCCUUUGCAGGCCGAACCUAGGCGCCGCCGGGUCUCAACAGGCGACCCAGAGCCCGAUGCCCUGCUGAGGCGCACCCCCUCCGGCUCCGGCUCCGGCUCCGGCUCCGGGCACGCGCACGCCCCUGCCCAAGAUGCCACCUCACAAUCCGAUCCCGACACCUGCCGAAUAUGUAGAGGCGAGGCCAUGCCAGACGAGCCGCUCUUCUACCCUUGCAAAUGCAGUGGCAGCAUCAAGUACGUCCACCAGGACUGCCUGAUGGAAUGGCUCUCCCACUCCCAAAAGAAGCACUGCGAGCUGUGCAAGACGCCCUUCCGGUUCACUAAAUUAUACGCCCCGAACAUGCCCAAGACCGUCCCCUUCUACGUCUUUAUCAGCCACAUUGCAAAGUACCUGUUCCGUAAUAUGAUGGUUUGGGCUCGCGGUGGCUUGGUUCUGAUGGUAUGGCUGGUCUGGCUUCCCUACCUCAUGAGGAGAGUCUGGUCUGCGCUGUUCUGGCUUAGCGACGAGGGAUUGGGCCCUGUUUUUGGGAGGUCAGACGCCAGCAGUGUCCUGCGCGAGAGUUCUGGGUCGACGGCCGGUGCGGCUACGUGCCCAUCAAGCCCCUUGCAUGCGGCGACGACAACCGCAGCCUCGCUCCAGGCCUUCAUGAGCCAUAUCCCUCGGAGCAGCACUGCCAUGACAACUACAACUCUCUACGGCAUCAACAUCACGUCCGACAACCCGCUAUCCAACAUUCUUCUCAACAUGUUCUUGGGGACAUUCUACAUCGGUGGCACAGCGUCUCGCGGCAACACGUCAGCCAACUUGCAGAACACCACCCUCGCGACCGUUGCCCACCAGCCCACGCUUCUGAGCGAAGUCAGGUUUCUCCAGAAAAUCUCCGCGUCCUCGCCGGCGCUCGGCAGUUUUGCGAUCGACAUUCUCGAGGGACAAAUCAUCACCGUACUGGUGAUUAUCUGCUUCAUCUUGAUUAUCCUGGUCCGGGACUACGUCGUCCAACAGCAGCCAGACCUGAACAUGCGAGCUGCCUUUGCUGCCGCAGAGAAUGCCGCGCCCCAGGAGAAUGUCGCACCAGCUGCGGAUAUGCCUGACCCCAGAGAUGGGUUGCGCCCAGAAGAUAUCGACAGGCUUCGCGGCCCCGAGGCGCAAGACAUAGAGUUCGAGUUGGACGGAACACUUGAUGGGAACGAGGAAGAGGUGCCCGUCGCCUGGGCGCGUGUCGGGGAGCCCCGUCUUCAUCCAGCAGGCGAUGGUCAGACCCUUGCACGGGCUGCGACAACAACCCCGGACACCCCCCUGGAAGAAACCUCACAGCACAGCAUGAGCACGCAAACGACUUUAGCAGCCCUUCCCAGUACGCCGGAUGCCCGUGUAGCCGAGGUUGGAAGAAGCACCGUGGACGAAUAUGUGAGGAUUCACCGCGCGGCUGCGGGAGACCCAGAAACGAUCAUCAAUAUUAUUCGCCAAGAGAACCUCGAAGACCGGCUUGCUUACUUUGUUCAACUUACUCAAUCCCAGAUCAACCGGAAGCGACCGGAAAUUCAUGCGGAGGAAGAGGAAUCAUCCAGUCAGAUGGCAGAGUGGGGAUCGGAGCCAGAGUGGACGUGGACAGAAGACGCACAAGAGGACGGGCAUUCUGGCAAAGGCAAGAUGCCACUGACUAAUGGGUCAUCGGAUGUCACGGGUGAACAGAGCCACAUGUCCAGGCCUCGAUCUGCCACGGAUGGACCGCAAAGAGUCGGAGGCGUCAACCCCCUGGGCAAUAAUAAUUGGUCGUGGCCGGAUGCUCGUCUGGAGUCUUCGCGCGCAGAUCCUCAACAGUCACCUACUUUGGGAAUGGUUUCAUCCCACAGGACGCCUCCUGAAGGAAAUGGCUCGGCUUCGCAACCCUGGGCGUUUGCAACGCCACCAUCAAGCACCUUGGCGGAAAGUGCGCCUUCGAGCUCCCACGGCCGGACGCCGGGAUCCUCCGAGGUCGAUGAUGUCCCUGCAAACGAGCUGGAUCCUGAACACGCACGCAUCUUAGAUCCAGCAAUGGAAACUCGUCAAUCAAUGGAGUGGGAAGCCCUCCCGGACUUCAAUGAGCCGUUUGAAGUGCGACCAAAUGAAGAUGCAGAGGACAUUGGAGAAAUAGCCCAGGAACCACCUCAGGCGGAUGGGCUCGCACGACGCCUUGCCGACUUUAUGUGGCGUGACGUCGAAGCAAUCCCUGCCCACGAGCUUCCACCCUUGCCGGAUGCUGCCGAUGAGUUCUUCGACCACGACCAAGAUGCAGCCGUUGCAAUCGCACAGGAACCCCUGCCAGAGCUCCAGGACCAAGAGCAGGACCAAGAAGUGGCAGCGGCCGCCGCCGCCGCAGGGAUCGAUGCAGAAGCCGAGGCCAUUGAAGACGCUGAGGACUUGGAGGGAAUUCUCGAACUCCUCGGGAUGCGUGGCCCCAUUGCCGGUCUGUUCCAGAAUGCCUUGUUUUGCGCGUUUCUGGUCUCCAUCACACUCUUCCUGGGUGUGUUCCUGCCGUACAACCUAGGGCGCCUCGCCAUCUGGUUGGUCGCCAACCCGGCCCGACCUGUUCGGAUUCUCUUCAGCCUAUCCAAGUUGGUGCAAGACACAGCACUACUCUUGGUGGGACUCGCGUCCACUCUAUCAUUUGGCGCUAUAGACACGCUCUUCUCUCUCAUCAAACCUAGUGCGACGCGACCAGAGAUGAUCAGCCAUUCGAUGCAAGGCUCGUGGAACAUGACCGAGAACGCUUUCCAGAGAUUACUCGACAGCAUGUGGACAGACCUACCUUUCAUAUCGGCCGACGAGGUCCGCAAUUUCUCAACAGUCAGUCACCUGGCUUUGGUAACCCUAAAGAGCCAGGUGACACUUGUUUUCACGGCGCUCGGGAAGUCGAUGAUGUUCCUCUUUGGGGGUGACUAUUCAUCCAAGGCUGCCGAGUUAGGCUCGUGGGCCACGAUCGCUGCCACGACGGUAUGGCAAGGCUUGGGCGAACUUCCUGGUCUUGUGUUGGAUCCGACAUCGUGGGUCAUCGAUCUUGGUGGCUCUGAAAAUCCGCUGCCUCUGAAAGCCGAACUUGCGUCUUGGAGCGCCAUGGACCGAGUCUGGGCCAUCCUGGGCGGAUAUGUUGCGUUGUCCUUGUCCGCCGCACUUUACCUAGGUCGCGGCGGGCCCAUAUCCCCCGGGCGGGUUGGGCAAGAGUGGGAAGCUACCCUGAUAGAUGUAUUGAACCAGGCAAGUGGCGUCAUGAAGGUCAUUCUCAUCAUCGGGAUCGAGAUGCUCGUCUUCCCGCUGUAUUGCGGGCUACUGCUGGACAUCGGGCUAUUGCCGUUGUUCGAGAACACGACGAUCAUGUCCCGUGUGAUGUUCACGGUCAACUACCCUCUGACUUCCAUCUUUGUGCAUUGGUUUGUCGGCACAGGGUACAUGUUCCACUUUGCUCUGUUCGUGUCCAUGUGCCGCAAGAUAAUGCGCAAGGGUGUGCUGUACUUCAUCCGCGACCCUGAUGAUGCCGAGUUCCAUCCCGUCCGAGAUGUUCUGGAGCGAAACGUGACCACCCAACUGCGGAAGAUCUUGUUCUCUGCUUUUGUGUAUGGCGCGCUAGUUAUCGUCUGCCUUGGAGGUGUCGUGUGGGCUCUGUCAUACGGGUUCCAAAACGUACUUCCCAUCCACUAUUCCUCAAACGAGCCUGUCCUGGAAUUUCCGAUCGACUUGUUGUUCUACAAUUUUUUAAUGCCCCUCGCUGUCAAAUUCUUCAAGCCAAGCGACGGGCUUCACGCGAUGUACACCUGGUGGUUCCGCAAAUUGGCCCGCACCUUACGCCUGACAUGGUUCUUGUUUGGCGAGAGAAAACUUGACGAAGAAGGAAGAAUCCAAAUGCUUCCGCCAAAUGAAGACCAGGCCUUACCGGUCUGGAAGAGAAUGUUCUUGGAAGUUGAGGGCAGCAAAGUCAUACCAAAGACAUGGAAAGGAACCUUUGAAGGUGGGAAAGCGAAGCCCGCCCUGCCGCUCAGCCCUCAGGAGCUGGAAGACACCAACGCAAGGAAGGCCGCUCUAGUGCGCACCCGCCAGCUCAUUCCGGAUGGACGUUUCGUGCGAGCUCCAGCCUCAGAUCAAGUGAAGAUACCCAAGGGCCAAAGGGUCUUCCUGGACGUGACGGAGGGUAACUUGAGGCAGGAUCGCGUUGAGCAGCCGGGCGUCGAUCUUUAUUCCACUCCUCAGUACCAGUUUGUCUAUGUUCCACCAAACUUCCGACUGCGCAUCUUCCUGUUCAUCCUCUUCAUCUGGAUAUUCGCCGCCGCAACGGGCCUGGGGUUCACAAUUAUCCCCCUGCUUUUCGGGCGCUGGAUGUUCCGGUCACUCAUCCCUGACCGCAUCCGCACAAACGACAUCUAUGCCUUCAGCAUCGGCAUAUACAUCCUCGGCUCUGCCGCAUACUUUUUGUUCCACCUCAAGGAUAUUUACAAGAAGGCCAAGAAGCGGGUGGCCAGCACCACCUCGCACAUCCUACAACGCGAAACACUCCACCGCGCCGCCGCCGCUGCGACACGUGCAGCGAAGCUCGUCUACGCGUACUUCUUCCUGCUGGUCGUGUUCCCACUCAUGGUUGCCAGUCUGAUGGAGUUGUAUGUCUUGAUACCCCUUGACACGUACAUGUACGGGGCGGUCGUAUCGAAGGACGCAGCCACCGACAGCACUCUUCUCAGCGUCCAAAACCCUCGCCACACAGUUCGCGUGAUGCAGUCCUGGACGAUUGGUGUCAUCUACCUCAAGCUCGCCGCCCGAUACGUCGUCGCCUGGCACCGCGAGAGCCGUGUUGCAGCUGCCACUCGGGCCGUGCUGAGGCGAGGUUGGCUGGAGCCGGACGUCAAAGUUCUCACUCGCGCAUUUGUCGUACCGGGACUAUCAGUCUGGACCAUAGCAGUGUUUGGGCCCCCACUGUUGGCGAGGGCGUGCAUCGCGUACGGUAUGGCUGCGGGUAUUGACCCUAGCAACGACGCGGCGGUGGUUCUGGUUCACCGCUUCUGUUUCUUCGCCGCGCUGCUGAGCGCUAUUGGUGUGGCGAUGUUGCGGAGUAUGCUGGGUGUGUUCCGAUCCUGGAGGGUCAGGAUUCGAGAUGAGGCCUACCUUAUUGGGGAGAGGCUGCAUAACUUUGGCCUGGGGCAAGCUGGGCACGAUCCCCAGAGGGAAAGAAGGAGAACCAGAGUUGGUUUUGAUUGAGCAGACAGCCUGGGGAAUGUCACCGUCAUGACAUUUGUACAUGGGAUGGUGGGCAGGCGUGGCCUCGAUCAUCGUGACGUUCUACAUAGCAUUGCUGAGAUGCAACCAAACCCGGCCCCAAGCGGCCCUUUUCGAGCAUGAAGGAGUACGAGCACAUGACACGAGGCUUUGAGACGCCUGGGCUUUUGUAGAAAUAGAGCCACGCAAACAGUCGCGGUGACUGAAUGGCGAAUGGCACAAAAUGACACUGACAAUCUCAGUACCUACCUACUGCUCAUGUAUAUCGGGGAGUACUUGGUCAAAAUCGCCGACUCGUCACGUACUCACUCACGACGGGGAAUCAGCAGUCUCGGACCACCAAGCUCAACCUGCUAAAGCCGUGAUGCGAUUCUUUUGAUACCAGAUACCUUCCGUUUCUACAGUCUCCCAAAUAUGAACAGGUCAUUCCGCUGCCCUUGCUUGCGUUUCUCCUCUGACCUCUGGUGUGAUGUCGCUCAACGAUCGGUGUGUCAAUCACGUGUCCAUAGGUGGGCUGCAGGCCAAGAAUAUUCCAAGCAUCGGCG